GCAUCGAACCCUUUACAUGGAUUUUAUAUUUGCUACAAAAUCACAGUUUACAUAAUCUGGCCAAAUUCAUGUUUGACAGUGAUGUAUGAACGUAGCCGCAACCAAUAUUGUUUCAAAAUGAGUGACAGUACACAGAUGUGUAGGCCUGUUCAUGAAAUUGCUUAUUGCAUAAGCCGAUUAUGAAUCAAGGAUAAGAAGAAUUAGUUUGGUCUACAGGGUUCAGUGGUAAUCAUGUUAGAAAUGUAAAGAAGCUGAGAACAUAUUCUUCAUGUAGAUGUUAAUAUGACUUCAGCUAGCAGAAUUCAACAGUUGUGGGAACUUUUUGUCCAAGCUGAACAUUCAUCAUAUGAGAAACAAGCAUGGCUGGAUAUUUUCCUGGCAGAAUUCUUGGCUCAAAUAAAAGAAGGCAAAACUGUUGAAGAAAUACUGUCAUUUUGUGCACAUGGAGCUGUAGCAACUUUAAUUGGUUGUGAGCUAUUGUCUGAUGUCCACAAAAUUUGCUCAAUACCCGGUGAUGGGGAAGAUCUAUCUUUGUUGCGCAAACACUUUCUGCAGGGACGUGGUUGGCGCAGUUUGGCAGCACUUCAGUGUCUUGGGGUCCAGAACUUGUCAUGUGGGCGAGAAUUGGCAAGCUUGCUUAUUUCACUCUAUCCCGUGUGUCUCCAGAAAUUGGGCCCAGAACAGAAAGAAAACAUGAAAGUGGAAAAUCCUUUUAUUACAUUUUCGAAGGAUUCUUGUGGUAUGGAUGAUAUCACCAGCAUAAGAACUCCUCCGAAGAUGAAGCCUCAUCGCACUGUGCACCAAGGCUUGUGUCUUCCAAUGAGAGCUGAAUUCAUGCGUAGCCAUAGUAACACGUCGACCAAGACAAAUCGAUCAGGUCGUCGAACUAGGACACCAGUGAAAGGUGGUACAUCACCAGUAGUAACAAGUGGCGGUAUGAAUGGGGAGGCAACAGCGGCGACUAGUGAUUCCGAACACUGUCUUGGAACUGAGAACCAUCUGGAACAACUUAACAAAUCCAGUACUCUUAGGAUUUGGCUGGACCCAAUGGACUUUGACUACUUCACUUCAGUGGUGCGAAGUGAGGAUGAAGCCAGAUUGGACAGACCUGACUACACUCCAAGCAGAAGAGGAAGAGGGGAUAGAGUGUUAGAUUCCAGAAGGUCUCCCAGUCCAACUGACUUUGAGGAUUCAAGAACCAAAGAGGUUUUUUCCUCAGAGAUCCACUGUUAUGAGUUUUUUCACCUGGUGAUUGACUUGGUGAGGAGCCUGUGUGGGGCGGAGCUGAAUGGCAUCUCUGCUGUAGCAGCCAAUGGAGGACAGUACAUCUCUUUACAAGCUGUUAACUUUGCCCUUGAGAACCUGUGCACACUACAGUUUGGAGGCAACACAAACAUCAGUCUAGUCACAACUCAGAUUGCUGAACUGAAGGCAGCCAUGACUCGUCUCCUGCUCACGGCACUAGAAAAGAUAUUGUUGCACCCAGAUGCAACUACAGCUGCAAUCUGCAAUGGUAUGUUGCCUGUGAUGCUGAAGAUAUUGGAAGAUGCUGUCAGAAAAAUGGAUGUUGCAGUACCAGACUCAGAUCAAGGAUCUUUCGAAGAUCUACAGGCUGUCAAUAAAUUGCUGCAAGAGUUUAUAUUUGGGAUAGCAUAUGGUAUCCUUAUGUUUCUCUAUUGUCUUCUACUGCAACGUUCGACUGUUGACAAGUUUCAAGACUUCCUGCAGCUGUUCCAGUUGUUUGCAGAAAGUCACGGAGGGCGACUUAUUGAAAAGACCAUAGUUGCUUUACUCUCUCUCCCCCAUGUGGAAGCAAAAUUGUCUGCUUCCAGAGCAAAGAAGGUUAUUGAUCUGGUUGGUCAGCUUGUAACUGCAUUGAAGAAGGUUCGUGCUGAGAUUGUCCAUUCUCAUCAUUGCUGUCAGGCUCGACACAAACGUUGUAUGAGUCAAGCAUCAGUUGGACUGCAUCAUCAUUAUGACUUGCUUGGUGGACCAUUCUGCCCGACUUUGGUAGGGCCUCGACAACCUACAUGUUGUGUUGCAUCUCUCUUCAUGGGUCUAGUUCGUAUCUUGACAGGGUCUAGCUCAACAAUAGACAUCCGUCCACAUGUUAUGCGAGUGAUGACCCUGUGUGGAACGUGCUGCUGUUUCCCAACUCGAAACAUCAUCAGUCCAUUGAUAGAUUUAUUUAAAAAUGGAAGUAGUGGUAAAGUUCGAGCACUAGGUUUUGUUUUAUUGGAAAGAACAAUCUAUUUGGAAUUAGGUAUUAUCUCAAAACAUGAGUCUACUGUUUCUUGUGUUUUCUGCAGUGGAAAUAUUAUUUCAAAAUCAGUACAAUCCCCUAUGUCUGAGCAUUCAGCAGAGGAAUUGCUUUAUGAAACUGUCGCUCGAAACAAAAGUGGUCAUUCACCAGAUGGAAAAAGUUCUUCAAGUACAGACUUAAAGAAAGCUGACAGUGAUAUUGAGGCAGUAUCAAAGCGCUCUUGGGAGUGUUUAGAACUGUUCCGUGAACUUGUGCAGUCUUCUGAUACAAAAUUAAGCCAUGCCAUCACAUCCCAUCUACUCAAGGUAGCUCCGCGUUGCACUCCUCCUGUUAAACAUCGCUUACUAUUUAACGUUUUCUAUCCUGUUUUCAUUGCUGCCAAAACCUGUUGGCUUGAGUCCUCCAGUUCUACUGAUGAUGUCUCAAAUGCAAAGUUUAACAUCCUUUCUUGUUUGUCUGCAUUCUCAUGUAUACUGUCUGGAAAUGUUGUAUUUGCAGAAGAAUUUGUUGUCAAGUACAAUGGCCUCAGCCACAUGCUGGAACUCAUAUCUCUGCCGCCAUUUUCCAAGCUUUGCUGUUCCAUUUUAGAGGUAACGUCAAUUGUCGAGAUUUGGAAACUUGAGUGUGAAAGUGGAGACACUGUGGGUGACGUGGGGAAGCUGCCCUCUUUGUGUAUGCUUCAGGAAGCAGUUCAGUCAGCCACUAGUUGCAUUCUUCUUGCACUUGUUCGCAAUGAUAUUCCAGUAACAAUUCCACAAGAAACUAAAAGUGAACCUAAUUGUUGUGAAGCAGCAGAAAAUAUGUUGGAUGCCAGCAAGACUGAUGAACUAAAUGAAAUAAUGUCAGUAAAUGAAGAAGAUAAAAAGUUGGAGUUUGAUAAUCUCUCUUGUGAAAUUGGAGAUGAGUGUAACAUGUGUAACACUGUUGAUAAGCAGAAUGGAAAAAGUUAUGUGCAGUUGUUGGCAACUGUGUGUGUAUUUUGGCGCACAUGUGCCAAUUUGGUUCUGUGCAGUCCACAGUAUAGACGACAUCUGUCACAAAACCCGCUUGCUUAUGAUGGAUUUAAACUUCUCCAGAUUCUGCUUGAUAGGGUGACGUCCAAGCAACAACCAGGUAUGAAACUGGUAGCCUGCCCAGUUGCAAGCCAUUCAGAAAGUUACUUAUGCAUGAAGCUGAUUGAAUCCACAUUGAUUGUCACCCUGACGGCUCCUCCUGUUCUUGAUGAAACUGGUGUGCCAGUGAGCAGUGAAUCUGUGGUGGAAUGUCUGCAGAGAGCUUUGCUCAAUGUGGACGUAGAUGGCGGUGUGAACAUGCGACAGCUGUGUGACAUGUUGCUGAGAUGUGCUGUCGCACAGAGUUACCAUGAACAAGUGCUACCUCCCAACAAGAAGCCAAAGUUGCCAUCACUGUUGGCUGGUGUUGGUGGUGGAGCUGCUUGGGAUGAGGGUGAAGAUGAAGAUGAAGCUGAGGCUGGAGAUGGAAGUGAGGGGGGAAGUGAAGCAUAUGUGACAGCAGAUGAAGGAUAUGAGGCAGAUAUAGAAGUUCUGGAAGUGUCUGGUACUGGUGUUACAAAUUGUGUGGGCGUUGGUGACAUGGGGGAAGAAUCAAGUAGUUCUGUUGCCACCACAGCAGCUCUGGCAGCACCUGUUCCUGCUGGACAUGGAGUACCGAAUUCAGUACGAGUUCCUCACAGCAUUGCGCAUCCUUCACUCUGUCUUCUGGCUGUUCAACUUCUUGUUCAUCUGAACAGAAGGUAUUAUGAGAUGCCAGUUGAAGCUGCAGCUUCGUAUCCUGAACGACCAAAUGAAUCGACACAUCUACAGGGCUUAGUUCACUGUAUACAACGGCUUGUUGCUUUGUGUCGAGAAAAUGCACAAAACUGUAUGCUGUUAGCAAACAGUGAUCUCAUGACAAAGUUGCUUAAGGGAUUCACAUCUGUUCUCUCUGUCAAUGAGUCUAAACUCAGUGAGCUGCAACGAAUCAUCCUGGAACUAGUGGCCCAGCUUGCGUACUACAACAUCAGUCCCAAAGAACUGUCCUUGUACCUCAGUCUUUUUAAAUCUGAAAACCCUCCACUGGAUUCACUGUUGAGUGCGCUCACUAAACUUGUGACAAACAGCCGUGCGCAACCAAACUACAUCCUAUGCUUUCCAGCAACAGUAACAUACAAUUCUCCACACAACCACAGACCAUCAGGAUCAAGCAGUCCGACUAAUGAUAGUCCUGCAGGAGAUAGUAAUACAGCUGGAAACCUAGCCUUUACACUCCAUCAACAGCAUAUCAGAGCAGGUAUAAAAUCUUCCUGGGCCCAGUGUGCUUUGUCACUUCUGUUGAAUCAAGAUCUGGGUUGGUCAAUGUGGCUUCAGGGCUUCUCCCUCUCACUGUGGCUACGUCUGGAGCAUGGAGGCAGUAACACAGCUCCUGGCCUAGCCCGAGGAGCUUCAUUUUCUACUGUCUCAGACAGUAGUUCGGUUUCAGAAUGGGGUAUCACUUCUGAUGCUUGGACUACCAAAGAACAAGUUUACCAUGGAGGAGCUGGUGCUUCUGCAGCCGGAGUGAAACCAGUCACUAAUGAAUUAUCACUUCAUCUCUUUUCUCUUGGUUAUGAGAGUCUUGUUUUGGAAUCCUGGGUGGAUACUAGUGUCGGUACAGUAACAUUGAGACUCACCAGAUCAGAUGCUCGAGCAUAUGAGAUUUUAUCUGAAGCAGCAGUUGAGGGACUCCUGGGCAUAGGACAAUGGCACCACUUAUCUGCCAAUGUUCGUGACUACGUUCAUAAUAGAAAGACUGUAAUUGAGGUUACCCUGCUUGUGGACGGUUGGCACGAAGCAAAAGUGCUGCUUCCGUUCACUGGCCUGUUGGUGCGGAAAACUCGAGCCACGUACCUGCUGCUGGGUCAUUCCAUAAGUGCUGUGGAUACAGAAUGUUCUUCCGGUGCCUGGUAUCUGGGUAGUGUUAUGGUGUUCAGGAGCCCAGUAUUUACCAAGGAACGGGCUGUAUACCUCGUGGGGCUGGGCCCCAACUACACUAACUUGACUGAUUGCGCUGAUAUAGAUAAGCUUAGCCCCAACUUCACCUCUGUGUUUGGGCCUAAGACGCUGUUCCGUGGCAUUGACUGGGAUGCCGUUCUUGAUGGGAAGAAGGGAAAUCUGAAAGAGCUGCAGGAUAAUUUGCUCCUGAUAUACUGUGCCCAAAAUCCUAAUUCAGUCAGUGUCUAUCCACUAGUGGUAUCUAAUCCUGGAGGAGUGAUUGGUUCUCUUUUCCCUGGACAACCAGGAUUCCGUGUGGUGACAUUAGAUCAGCGAGCCAGUCAGCAGUUGCCACUGUCUUUAAGUCCUACGUUGUUGGCACCACUCAAUUCUCGCCGCUACAAAGGCCUAGUUGCUGCUGCAUCCAUCUUGGGUGGCACCACUGUGUUCCUUUUUCUUUUUGCUAGGGUGGUAGAGCUGAAGGCUUCCCAGGAGCAACAGGCUAACACAUUGUACCUUCUGCUGAAGCUUGUUCAGAGUGACAGUGAGUUGUUCUCGCAGUUUGUGAGCCAGGACUGCCACAGAUUGCUGCUCAAGGUCCUGCAGUCACCAAGAUGUAUUGCUGGACAUCACAUGCUCAAGGCUGUACUGGAUACUUGCUGUGACAAGCCUGUUCUCCAAUACCAGCCAGGACCUCGUCGGUUCCACGUCAUAGCUCGUUCUGAUGCAGUUAUUGUCAAUUCAUUCCUGCUGACAACUAUAGUUGGUUCAUGGCGUGAUUGGGAACGUGGUGUCAUUAAAGAGAAAGAUUGCGCUUUUGAUGAGGAAGGUGGAGGUGUUCUGGGCACGCUGUUCCGCACGCUGCACGUUCUGUUACGGGAUGAUCAUCCAUAUCGUGAAUUCAAUGCCACACAGCUGAAUCGUGUACGGAUGGUGGAAGCUCUUCUUCUUUUCUGCAAGGAACGAUUCCUGUAUGAAGAGACAAUGCAGCUUCCUAUGUCAGUCUGCUGUUCAUUGGUGGAACUAAUCCGUUCGUUAAUGGGUGCACCACCUGAGUUCUCCCACAUCGUAGCAGUUACGGACUUCCUUGUCCUGUUGCACCGGGCAAGUGCCACUUACAUUACACAUUUGCGGUCCAGUUUCUACUUUAUUCUGUCUCCAACACCUCCAAACAACCCUUUAAAUCUCAGUGGAAAUACCAGUACACCUAAUACAAAGCCUGGACCAUCACCAAGAUCUGUCUCUAGAGGGAAGCCAGGUGGUGAUCUUGAUGCUAAAUCUAAAUCUUCAAAGAAGUGUUCAAAAGAGAUCAGAGAAAUCGACUUCGCUCAACCUGUAGAUCCGCAGAAAUUGAAUAAGGCUUUAACAAAUUUGCAGAUUAAACAAAACUCUCUGGAUGGUGGCAAUGUGGAGCCUCAUUUGACAGAAGAGAACUUACAGAAUAUAGUUGAUAAGACAUCAGUACAGCCUAUUGACAGUAACCGUACGAAAGACAGUGAGUUAGGUGGGCUUGAUUCUGGAAUUGCGGGCAGCUAUCGGGAAACCAGUAGCGACAUGGCAGUCAGUUUGGAGGGCCACAGGAAGGCGGUCAGCUACACAGAUACUGCCGACAAGUUGAUAGCAUGUGCAGAGCAAGCAAAUUUCUUUUCAAGCAGUAUGGACAGAGAAAAGGAAGGAAGACUGAUGACCAAGGACACGGGAGGGUCAGAGGAGGAGAAGGAAAAGUUUACCACUGAAACAGGGAUGAAAGAACCUGCAGUGAGCCCGUGGUGUGAUGCUGAGCUUACUGAUGACCCAGAAGAAAUGAUGAAGGGUUCGGAACCACACUUUGCUGUGGGUGAAGGGGAGAAAGGUCUUGUGGUGGAAGGACUGUUAUUGUUACUCCGUGAUACGCUUCUUAUUUUGCCGGACAACAUGGCCCAUCAGGUGCUGAAUCAUGUUGUGAAAGCAGAAUAUCUCCUGGUCAUGGCAAACCAUUCAGAUUCCCGCGUUCGGCUGGCCAUCGUUAAGGUGUUGUCUGCAUACUUGCACCGUUCGACUGAUGAGGAAAUAAACAAAUUCCUUAAACUGAAGGGUUUCCAUCAGCUGGCAAAUCAACUGAGCUUAUUUCCUGCAUGUCUGGAGCUGGUUGAAGCAUGUGUAUCACUUGUGACACGCUGCACUGUAGCCCUUGAGGAGCAGAUAGAGGUGACGUCACUGUCCGAGCUCUCGUUCCUGCAACUCAGCAGUUUUCCUCCAUUGUUGGCUCUGCUUCCCAGAGCUGUCCAUGAUGUUGUUCUUGCUCAUAACAUGAUUCUCUUCUUGCGCGAUAUGUUCGCUAAGGUGCCAGAGUCAUUCCGCCCCAUGUUGGACUGUGGCCUUCUGGAAGUUUUGUGUCGCACGUUGGUCGCAGUGGCACACCAAGCUCCGCAGCCCACAGAUGUGUAUGGCAUGUCAGAAUAUGACAUUCUGUUUGGUGGCAUACACGUGCUCCUUGUGUCACUUUCGGCUCACAUUUUGCAUUCUCCUGGAGCUCACCACAUGCAGGUGCUUAAUGAUGUUCAGCUGCAGCUCAGUUAUAUGGAGAAGGUUGAGCGAAGCACGUGCGGUGCACAGGCUCAUUGUGUGAGCGCACUCAGAGAGGCUCAGUGUGUUCUGUUGGAAGGAGAACUUGAUGUUAUUCAAGAUAUGAUAUCAGCGUUACAGCAGCCGACUGGCACGAAGCUCAUAAACACAUCUUCCUUCCUCACAGCAGUCCUUUCAACUGGCUAUGAUGCUGAGCAGACAUUAGAUGGAAGUUUGGAAAUGCAGGGUUUAACCAAUUCUGGAUCAAAUCCUAUCAGCUUCAACUGCCAGAGUUCACUUGGUAAUGGAAAGACUGGUGGUGGCGAUCAGCUUGCCAGCACAGUAAAAGAAAUACCAAGAGGAGAAAUCAAUGAUCGCUUCAAAACAGUGAUUAUAAAGUCUGUUGAUUUCCUCAUUAAUGUAGAGCAAAGAAAUGGACGUAGCAUGUCUGGUUGUGGGGUAGAGCAAAGUUAUGCUCGUCGACUGUUGGCCACAAUGCUGCAAGGACUGAGCUCUGUUCUUGAGAAGCGCAGUGCAGGGCAACGCAGCACAUGGAGUGCUGUUAUGUGGGCUGCACGAGACUUGCUCAGGGUGCAAGCUGCACAUCUUCUAAUGUGGCUGCUCUCACCCUGUCAACCUGUUAAAAUGAGAACCUUUGCAGUGCACACACUCCGCUCCGAGUCGCGCUGCAAGGAGCUACUGAAUAUGAUUUUACAUACUCAUGCUCAAACUGAACAGAAGUUUGCAGUGUUUCUGUGGGACCUCAUCUAUAGAUCUUCUGGUCAGAUGUCAUGUACUGACCUGCGGACAUGCCAAGAUUUCAGUCUGCAGUUGCAGUCAUGGGGAAUGAUGAACAUUACUGCUGGUGACCUCUGGGAAGAUGAAUUGAAGAUGUUACUAGCAGACAUGGAGAAGCAGCGUCAGCAGCAUGAGAAACAGAAUGACGGAGCUGCACACAGGAGUGUAUUCAAAUUUGAAGGAUUAAUGAAGACUGUUGCUGAAGCUGCCAUGAGCAUCACUCGUACGGUGGUGGAUGCACAGAAUGGCGAGCGUAAAGUGUUCAUGGAACAUAUCAAGCAAGCCUAUAGUGAGAAUGUACAGAUCUGCAUCAAAUGGCAUAAGAUCAUCCAGCAGUUAUCACAUGAGCGAGCUGUUUGGUUCUUUCCAGACUCAUACCCAAGAUCCUGGCAGUUGGAUGCUACAGAGGGUCCUGCCAGAGUCAGGAACAGAUUACAGAGAUGUCACCUGAAUAUCGGUAGACAAUAUCUAAUGUCAGGAGCUCAGCUCAAGUUAGAUGCAGUACAGAAUCCAGACCCACUGUCAUACCUGUUUGAACAAGAUAAGAAGUCAUCCACAUCCUCUGUUCUUAUCGAGCGUCUUCACACCAACGAGAAGAUUCAGUAUAUGUGCCCAGCAAAGGUGAUCACACCUGCUACUGAAGUUCCAGGAGAGCUGCUCAUCGGGGAAAGCUGUCUGUAUUUUGUGGCUGACGUUAGUAUGCUGGAAACGGAUCUGGCCGAGAUGACAGCUGGAAGUUUAGAUGUUUCUUCCACUGCAUGGCCAUUUGAGAAUGUGAAGGAAAUCCACAACCGCCGUUUUCAGCUCCAAGAGAGGGCACUUGAAAUAUUCCUGCUAAAUGGGAAAACCUAUCUUGUGGCUUUCCAGUCAUCAAAAGAACGUGAUAAUUUUGCAUGGGAAUUAUCACAAUGUCAUCUGCCUAAUCGAGUUGCUGGUGACAACUUGAGUGACGCUGUUCAGCUGUGGCGAGAGGGACUCCUCACAAACUGGGAAUAUCUCACGCAGCUUAACAAGAUGGCUGGUCGUUCAUAUAAUGAUCUAAUGCAGUAUCCUAUUUUUCCUUUUGUGCUUGCUGACUACACUAGUCAAGUGCUUGACCUUACUGAUCCACAAGCUUACAGAAACUUCAAAAAGCCGAUGGCAGUUCAAGACAAGAAGAAUGAACAACAUUACAUUAACUGUUACAACUAUUUGAAACAGGAACUGAUGGAAGGUAUCCAUAUGGCAUCUCUUAACAAAGAACCAUUCCAUUAUGGAUCCCAUUAUUCCAAUUCGGGCACUGUUCUCCACUUCUUGGUUCGUCUGCCCCCCUUCACACGAAUGUUCCUCACAUAUCAAGAUCAUAAUUUUGAUAUUCCUGAUCGAACAUUUCAUUCUCUACACACUACAUGGCGACUGUCGAGCUCAGAAUCAACCACUGAUGUGAAGGAACUCAUCCCAGAGUUCUUUUUUCUUCCAGAGUUCUUGAGGAAUUCAGAAGAGUUCAACUUUGGAGUUCGUCAAAAUGGAGAGCCAGUGAAUGAUGUUGCCUUGCCUCCAUGGAGCCACGGUGAUGCCAGACGCUUUGUUCUAAUUCACCGUCAGGCACUUGAGUCAGCACACGCACGCGAAAAUUUGCCUCUAUGGAUUGACCUUGUGUUUGGAUAUAAACAGACUGGCAAGGCAGCUGUUGAAGCCAUAAAUGUGUUCCACCCAGCAACAUACUCUGGUUUUGAUGUAGAGAAAAUACAUGAUCCUUUGGAGAGGAAAGCAUGGAAGACCAUGGUACGAACCUAUGGGCAAACUCCACGGCAGCUGUUCCGUUCGCCUCAUCCAAUGGUGGUUCAGUCAUUAGCCUCCAGGACACUGUCUUCAUCUGUGAGAGAAGUAGUUCCAGGUGUGAAAGGUUUGCUGUGGGGAAGUUAUGUUGGCUCUCCUGCUGACCCAGACCCUGUAGUAGUAUGGAAGCAUCAGCAUCGGACUCCAGUUGCCAGCCUGGUUCCAUUGCUGACUAAUGAUGUGUUUGGAUUAGCUCCACAGACUUCUCUUCUACUUAAGUACAGCAAAGAGAAAGGACUCAGUAUGGUAAAUGCUACCUCAGUUCUGGGGGCAGCACUAGUCACAUGGGGCCAUGCAGAUGGUGUUGUCAGAGUUAAACUGAAAAAGGAGCAACCCCCAUGGCCAGUGGUCAAAUCACCUGGUCUUGAUCCGAUCUGUACAUGUGCAAGUGUGCCUGAUUGCAGUCAACUGUGGAUGGGACACUGGUCAGGAAAGAUAGUUGUAUAUGGAUAUAAAUUUACCCCCUCCAGGGGUCAUCUGCACUUUGACAGUGAACCAGUGACACUCCUUGGGCAUGAAGGCCCUAUUCAAAAUAUCUACAUCUGCUGUAGUUUCAGCAUUGUGGUUUCUGGAAGUCAGGAUGGAUCUGCCAUUAUCUGGGAUCUCAACAAUUUAUCAUACAUACGCUGCAUUUCUGGCAAUAACAUGACGAUGCCAGUGAAUCUUGUGUCAGUGAGUGAGACUCUGGGAGACAUUGCGAUGGUUAGCAGUGCUAGUGCUGGCACUUUGGAGGCAGCGCUGGGGGGCAGUAUGUUACGGUUGCAUUCCAUCAAUGCUGUGCCGAUUGGUACUGUCGCCAUGAGGGACUCCAUAACAGCUCUCUGUUUCUCUGGAGCACCAGAGGGUGUAUCCGUGAAUGUCAUAGCUGCCGGUCUAGCCAGUGGAGCCAUUAGAUUGUGGAGUACCUGGGACCUAUCUCCUGUUCGAGAAAUUACUACAAGUUUCAUUACACGUCCAAUCAUAAGUCUCACCUAUUCUCAUGAUGCCCAACAUCUGUAUGCCUCAGCAGCAGAUGGCAGUGUUGUCAUCUGGGAAGGAGGAGGAGGUUCAGGUUCAAAGGGCAUUAGCAAGACACCAAAGUUUCUCAAUCUCACGUCACUGUGAGUGACAUCAAGAGCAGGAUUAUUGUAGGUGAUGUUUGUCAUGUGGAUCUGGAAUUCAGGGAUAUCAGUUUUAUGUUGUUAAUUUGUUAUGUUCACUUGCUUUAACUUCUGGUAUUAGUCAUAAAUUUUAUUGCAAGAAUCCAUAUCAUAGAGCCUAUUAGACUGCAUUUUAUAAGAUCUCAGCACAUGUGAUCAUGCCAUAGAGAUUUUAAUUUCUGAAGGUUUUUUCUUCGAGCCAAGAAUUUGACAUUUACAAGAAGUGGGAAGUUAGAAUCUAUCACUCCGAUAUACUCAGUUUUUGUGUCUUUGAGGUGAUUUUAUUAUUGUACCAUACUUAAAUUCCUUCAUGUUGUAAUUAAAACACUGGUCCAGGGUUCGUUGAUGCCAGAAAACUUGAGAAUAGCAAUUGUGUCACUUUUAUUUGCCAGGUGUCAGCCAGCAUGCAGCAAAGUCACAUGACCUGCCUGCAGAUGGCGCAAAAUGAACGCUUUACUUGUUGGUUUCUCUUCUAAUAUUAUAAAAAAAUGAUAUGCUUCAAGUGAAUUUAUAAAACAUGUUAGGUCUUCUCAUACAUAUGGCAUUGUUAAUAAGGGAGUGGUAAUGCUUUAUUUGAAUUCUUGUAGCUGAAGAAGCAGGUGAACUCUACAGAAAGAUGUUAAAUUCCUUUUGAAGGAGAUAAUAGUAUACACUGUUUAUAUUGGAUGUUAAGAGAUGAGAUUUAGUUUGUUGAAUAGAAUUUUUAUCCAUGUAAUUAUAUAACUAGAGAAAAAGUCAUGGUUAUAAAUUAACAGAGUACCAUAAGGCACAAAGAUUUAUUUAGAAUUUGAAAUUGAUACCAUUCAGUUUCCUUAAAUUUAAAAUAUGUAAUAUGUUUAAUUUUUUACCCUUUGAAGCAAUUCUAUAUAUUUAUAAAAAAAUAAAUAGGGUGUAAUUUUCACUAUUAAUUGUCCUACAGUCAUCAUCAUUAUCAUCAUCAUCAGGAGUUUGUUUAUUUUGUAUCUCUCAUUUAUCGUGAACUUUAUCGUGUACUUUAGAUCUGUUGGUGUUUUUGGUAGCCACCAGCUAUUUUUAUAAAUAUUACAAAACAGACAGAAGUAACUAGUCUCAAUGCAUUAAAUUUUAUUCAAGUCCUGUUUUCCCCACAUUCUCUGAAUAAGCUCUUGUUUCAGAUGUCCAGCUAUCAAGGAUCUUUAUAUGUUUUAGAACAUUGACAUCAAAUUAAUUAACACUGAAUGUGAUCAUGGUAGGUUUUCAAUUUAUAAAUGUAAGUAUGUACUUUCAAGGUGUUGCUCCUCUGACACCCAUGCAGUAUUCUUCAUCCCCUCCUCCAGAUCUGUCUGGGGUCAAACAACAAGCAGUUCCCUUUAAAGUGAGUGCUAUUAACUUAAUUGUACCCAAAUUAGUUGAACACAUUAAAAUUAAAUCACAUUUCUCUAACUUGUAUGUAACAAGGAGUAUCUGUAUGAGGUUAAUCAGAUGAUGCAAGUUUCAUUUCUUUUUCUACCAAGAACUUAAAACCAAUAAAAAAGAAACAGAAUUAUAAAGAACCACCAGAGAAUGGGAAGGGGCAUUUCAACCUUCAAAAUGAAAAUAUUUUAAGUUCUUGAGAUAAUGAACAUGUUGAAUGUAAGCUCCUUGCAACACUACAUGAAUUUUAAACUUCUCUGCACUGUAAUGUUAGGUAGUAAUUCACGAAUUGCAUCACAUACUAAAAUCAUGCAGCUUCAUAGGACAAAUAAUUAAAAAAGUGCAUUCAGUUUCAUGCAGAAGUUACAUAAAGAAAUGUGACUGUCAAGAAUAUAUGGCUUCACUGGAGAUUGUACAGUGUUCUUGGCCAAACAUUGAACUUCCAACAGUUUUAUGAUUCAUCUUACACAUAGUAUCACUAGAAAAAUGAAACGAGAUGUUGCAGCUUCCAAAAUCAGAAUUUCCUGUUUAAUUACUGUUUGUGUCCACAUUUCCAUUAAAAUUGGUGAGAUAUAGACACUGUGUUUUGCCAUUUUGCCAUUGCAUACUUAAUAGAAAAUUGGAGAAUGUAGCAAUAGUAUAAACUGUGGAUGGCCAACAUCAGUUGAUUUGCUUUUCUGUGCAUUUCACAAUCAUGUGACAUGUGGAAAGAGAUAAAGAUGUUAAUUGUUUUACCCUGAAAUUUGUUUUAUAUCUGGGUUGCAUGAUAGAUGUGAUGAUGUUGCCAUAUAACUGAAACACUUCCUUGCUUUAUAAUUGAGCAGACACAUCUGCAGACAAUACUGCAAAGUGACUCAUCAUUAUUAAGGCUAAAUUCUAUUUCCUAGCAGUUUUCCCAAGGAUAAGGUGUUGUUAGUAUUUGUAAAAAGUAUGGGACAAAAUAGGUACGGAAAUUUCAGGUUCAAUUCAUCCUCACCCUCCUCCUGCGUUUUGUAUUGUUUCCACUUUCUUCCCACAGUAGAUUUAUUUCCUACUCCAAGAGAACAUAUAGCAUCCUGAUUAUCAAGCUCGCUCUGGAAAAGAUCAUUAGGAAAAUAAGCGUUUUUUACUGUGCUUUAUGGUCACUGUGUUGAUUUAACUGACCUUUAAAUUAGUUAUUUACAAAGUAAUCAUAACUUGUUAAGGGUUGAAAUGAAACUCAGAAAGUUAUAAGCUCAUGUUGUGCCUGAAUUCUAGUCAUAUUUCUGCCAAUAAUGUAGAAUCUAAAUGCACACAAUGCUGUGGAUUUGAGUGAGUAACACAUGAGGAUCUGUGACCACUGUAAAUGCACUAAACAUAUUACAUCGUUGGUUGUUAAUUCUGUUACAUGAGAAUAUAAAUUUCAGUUCUUCUGUACAUUUUCUGCCGCAAUAGCAGCUGGAUAUGAUCAGCAAAAUAUGAGUUCUUGAUACUUGUAUGCAUGUGCCAUGUACAGUAGUUAGAUAUAUGGUAGAUUCCGGAUGUAAAAACCUAGAACAGGAUUGUAUGCAAAUCACUCAUAUGAAUAAAAUAGUUUUAGCCCCUUUGUACAUGUUUUAUAUAGAGUAGAGCUUAUGCUCAUUAUGUUUUAUUGAAAUAUUUCUGUUCACUGUUGCAUAAUUUCAUGUUUAUGUGUGAAGUCUUGGUAAUGAAAGAGACAGGUACAUGUUAAUUCAAGUAUGAGAUUAAUGUCAUAGAUAUACAUGAAAGUCUAUGAAGAUAUCAUAUCAUGGAAACAGAGAUAUUUUCAAGAUUAAAUUGCAUAAUCUGAAUAUUGUAUCAUUUUUUACUCAGUGACAGUUUUAAAUUCAGUUGUGGGUAUUAAUAAGUAUCAUAUUUGUGUACAGUGUUAAAAUUAUUCUGUUGCAGAAAUUCUGAACAUUAGUGCCAUAAUGCGUUUUCAUGACUUUUAAAUUCUGAUAACAUGUCAUUUAAUGUGCUGAAGAAAAUGCAAUGAAAUCUGCCCUACAUUAUUUUCAUCUCCAUAAUAAGUGUAUUAUCCUCAAAUUAUUUUAUAUUAGCUUCUCUUUUGUAUGGAUAUUAUUAUUGUUAUUGUUCUGUGAUGAUGCAUCUUAAACAUUUUUUGUCUAUUCGUAGAAAUGCUUAUAUAAAGAAUUUACACUUAAUGAGCAGUAUUCUGUUGUGUUGUAUUGUAUUGUAAUGUGUUGUAACUUGUUUUGUAAAUUACUAAUAAGUACUUACACAUUACAUGUUGCAAAUAUAACAUGGUUUCAUUUAUAUUCUACUGCAAUGUUGUCAUAGUAGUUGCAGCUUAAUAAGAGAAAUAGAUUUGUUCUAGUAAUUUUGGAUAGGAGUCUCAGCUAUAUCCUGUGCACUUCCUCCAGUUCUUUAAGAUGGAUAUUGUCAUGCAUGAUAUGUGUUUUUCAAAUUGGAGAUUAUGCAAAUUUCUAUGAGUAUCAUCAAUCUGAUGAUUCUGUAAUCCUUUGGAUCAGCUAUAUAACCUUUUGAAGCACAAUUUAAUCUGAGUAAUACAUUAAAAUUCAGUCCCUACUUCACUGUAAGUACAUUGCAUCUACAUUAGAAAGGCCAAUUUGUUGAUAUUGUUCAGGGAAAUAAUUUCCAUUUAUUUUGAUAAAUAUAGAAGACAUAAAUACAUUGUGUGGGCAAAAUGCAGAAGUUCUUUAAUGUUACAGCAGAUGCUACAUAUAACGACCACUGAGCUCUAAUGUAUUAAAUUGCCAGAUUAGUAGUGAACUGCACUGUUAAUUUUAUAGGAGUUUCUCAUUUCAUAUUUGAAAACUUGUGGAAUGUGUCUAAUAAUUCAAGAUUUUCACACAGCAAUUCAUUAGGUCAUCUUACACUUAUCUUAUAAUUGGAGUUUCAUGUGAUUUAUCCCACAAGUGCAUAGAGUGUCUGUUGAAACAUGUUGGUAAUUUGCAUCCCAAAAUUAUUCUUAUACAUUGUAUUGUAUCACCAAUCAACUUAUCUCAGCAGUAAAACAUGACAUAUUUUGGAG